UUGAAACACGACCCCCGACCGCCAAAACUAACACAUACCCCCACCCCACCCCACCCCCUCGUACCCACCCCUUCAUCCCCGCUCGCCCUCUACUUCUCCCUACUUCCACUGAACUGCUCUAUAAUAUUUACCGAGUAUCCCUCAGGUAUGGAGGAAUUUGAAGCUGUAAAAGUACCUUUAUCCAAUUAUUUACUAUACUUGUUCAUUACGGGCUAAGCUCGGUAACUUCUCUCUCUCUCUACUUGAAGAAUUUCAAAAUUUGUUGUCAGGUCCUAGGAGUUAUUGUGCUCGGCUUCAUUUUCAAUAUUGUCCAUUUCUUCUUUUUUCUCUCCCGAAAUCGAAGAUGCUUAUCCUUCAAUUCUCCUUCCGCAGCCUGUGACUACUUCUUCCUCACGUCUUUUUGUUUGUUUCUCUGAUCUUAGACUAUUCUACUCACUUUCUCUGAUGCAUAUGUUAUUCAGCUUUCGAUUAUGAUUUCGUUUUUAUACUUGAAUUUGCUUUCAUUUCUUCCACAGGUCACAUUAAUGGAAGUUGAAGCCAUAAGGAUAGAAAUCUAGACAUGAAAUAUAUGAUGAAAGGGAAAGGAAAUACAAAAAUGAACAGCCAACAGGCUGUUUUUGAACUUAAGCACCGGGUGGUUAUUGCACUGAACAAGCUCGCUGAUAGGGAUACAUAUCAAGUUGCAGUGGAGGAACUUGAGAAAAUUAUUGAGUGUUUACCCCCAAAUGGGAUCGCCCCAUUUCUGUCUUGUAUAUUAGAUACAGAUUCAGAACAGAAAAGUGCAGUUCGUAAGGAAUGUGUUCGAUUAAUAGGCAUCCUCACCAGUCUCCAUGAUAACCAUGUGGGCCCACAUCUCACAAAGGUGCUUGCCGGCAUUGUUAAGAGGCUGAAGGAUUCAGAUUCUGUUGUGAGAGAUGCUUGCGUGGAGACAGUUGGGAUUUUGGCUGCUAAACUCGGUCGUGUUGGGAGUGAUACCGAAAAUGACGGAUUUUUUGUUGUCUUGGUCAGACCUCUUUUUGAGGCGCUGGGAGAGCAAAAUAAGCAAGUGCAAUCUGGUUCUGCACUAUGUUUGGCGCGGGUCAUAGACAAUAUCCAGAAUCCCUCAACAUCGGUUUUGCAGAAAAUGUUAGCUAGGACUGUUAAGUUGCUAAAAAAUCCACACUUCAUGGCAAAGCCUGCUGUCAUUGAAUUGAAUAGAAGUAUCAUUCAAGCCGGUGGUGCUCCUUCCCUCAAUGUUUUGUCAACUGCUAUUAUGAGCAUACAAGAUGCACUCAAGAACAGUGAUUGGGCAACAAGGAAAUCUGCUAGUGCUGCAUUAGGGGAAAUAGCUUCUAGUGGUGGAACAGGUUUUCGCUCUUUUAAAACUUCUUGCAUCCGUUCUCUUGAAGCAUGCCGAUUUGACAAGGUCAAACCGGUCAGGGACACAGCAUUGCAAGCCUUGCACCUCUGGAAGAGUCUUCCGGGGCCCGAUACACACGAACCUUCAGAAACUGGUUCUUCUCUCAAAGAAAAUAUCUAUAAGGAUGAUUUUGCCGAUGUCACUAGCACAAGUGAUUCGGUAUCAAAGGAUGCCACUCCUAAAAGAUUUGCCCAUGAUUUCAAAAGCAGACUUCCUCAUUACUCCAGAAAGUCUGGCCAAAAUAAUGCUGAAAAGGUUCAGUACUCUAGUGCAAAUGACUGGCAUAUAGAAAUUGCUCUCCCUAGAAGGCAUAAUAAUACAUUUACAUCAGAGGCUCAAAAUACAGAGCCAGAUCGCAGCUCUGUUACAAAGACUAUUGAAAGGGGAUCUGAUGUUAUAUGUUCCCAUGAUGUCGAAUAUGAAUCUGUGCACAUAGAUGACAAGCAGGAUUGCUCUUUGUCAAAUAUUUUCCCUGAUAACUUUCAUGCCAAGGAUGUGACAGUUUCUCAUGAGGUUCUUGAUGAGGUUAGUAUGGAUACAUCCACUAUAACUAAUGAGCAGUGUACUGGCGGGGUAAUGACUUUGGAAGAGCAAAGGAACUUGUCUAAGGUGCAGGACCGGAGAAGCUUAGAUUCCAUAAUUACCGAAUCAAUCUCCAACUCAAUACAUGGAUGUUACCCAAACAUUGCAGACGAAAUGAAAUACAUUCGGAAGCAGCUCUUAAUUAUUCAAGACACUCAGGCUAAUUUUGCAGAUUUGUUAAAGGAGGUCACUGCAAACAUAGUAGAUACUCUGUCAUUGGUACAGAUGAAGGUCUCUGGCCUUGAGGGCAGAGUUGAUAGAAUGGCACAAGAACUUGCUUAUGGUAUGAAGUGUUCUGAUCCAGUGACAACAAAGCUUAAUAGAAGAACUACUGUUGUUGCUUCUCCUCGUUUCUCAACAAACACUCCUAGGCCAUCUGUUGAUUUAUGUCAUAGACAGGUGCCAUUGUUGCACUCAAAAGAUACAGAUGUUUGGGCAGAAAAGGAAUUCAUUAAGAGCAGACCAAGUGGUUUUACUAAACAAAGUCGGGAUAUAUCGAUGGAUGCAGCAGCAAAACAAAAUAAAAAUCCUCUUGAAAGUAGCACUACUCAGCGAAGCUCUGCAAGCGGAGCCCGUAGUUGUCAAACUAGGAAAACUGACAAACAAAAUAGCAUAGAGAUUGAGAGUGCAAUGUGGAGAGUUGUGAAAGGGCAUUUGCUGAACGGGGAUCUAGAUUCUGCUUAUUUAGAGGCACUGUGUUCAGGGAAUGAACUUAUUUUGUUUCAGCUGCUUGACAGAACAGGUCCUGUUCUUGAAAACAUAUCACAAAAGACUGCUAGUGAUCUUUUGAAAAUUCUUGCAUCAUAUUUCUUGGAACAAAGGUUUGUGAACUCCAUUCUCCCUUGGCUUCAACAGGUGGCAGAACUGUGCACCACUCACGGUCCAGAUUACAUAAUUCUUUCUGUAAAAACAAAGCGCGAACUCUUGUUUGCAUUUCAACAAGUGGUAAAUAUGGAAUUUUCUAGUGUCGCAGAUAGAAGAUCUGUCAUGCAGGUGGCAUUCACCUUGCGCCAGAUUUGGGAAAAGUGCUGUGUGACAAGAUGAAAGCAGAGUGGGCUGGCAAGCAGGAAAAUUGAGAUGUGUAUUCUCAGAGAGGCAAAUGAUGUAGUUCGAAAUCCGCGUUUCAUAAAUUGACUACGUAUUUUGUAUCUGAAUUGGGCAUUUCUAAAGGUGUUCGAGAUUUAGUACUUAAGAUUGGCAUUACCUUGGCUAGUUGGCUUCUCUGAUUUUCUCGCAAUUAUAUGGGACAUCCAUAUGGUUGGCAAGAACUUGGAACUUAGAAGUUAAAAGCAGCGAUAGGAAAAGCUACAAGAUAAAAUCUGCUCCAAUGUAAUCUGGAGUAGCUCUCAAAUGGCAAAAGUUACUACAUAAAAAACAUUGUGCAAAUAGCUUGAUAAAAAUUGAGAUUAUGAUCUUGUACUGAUGCGGUCACCUAAUAUAUUACGGAG